AUGGCCACCACCAAUCACCAUGUACUCGACCAGAAAAGCACCUUGAGCGACAAUGACGCCACCGUUGAGCACAUGGCAGUCUCUGACAAACAUAUCCUUGAUCAGAUCCAGGUGGCCAAUGCCAAUGAACACAAUCUGACCUUCAAAGAUAUCGCUCGAAAGCACCCCAAGAUCAUCUGGUGGUCCUUCUUCUGGUGCAUGUGUGCAGUGGGUUGGGGGUUUGAUACCCAGGUCAACGGUGCUAUGGUAGGUGUUCCGGCCUUUCGCAAGUACUAUGGUCACGAGCUCAAUGGUGACUGGGUGAUCCCCGCGGACUGGUUGACAGCCUUCAACAUUGUCUCUUCUGUUGGUCAGUUCUUUGGAGGCUUUGCUUGCAGCGCCAUCUCUGAUAGAAUGGGUCGCAAGAAGAGUCUUACUUUGGGCGUCCUUGUUGUCACUGGAGGCAUCAUGGGGGAGUCUUUUUCUUCCACCCGAGCUGCUUUUGUAGUCAGCAAGCUUAUCCUUGGCGUUGGAGUCGGCUUUUACUUGACGCUGGGCCCUAUCACCUGCUCCGAGAUCGCCCCGACUGUCUUGCGUGGUCUCUCUACCGCUGGUGUCAACCUUGCUAUUGCCGUCGGUCAGCUGAUUUCGAACUCGGUGACUUCGGGUUUUGGUAACAGAGACGAUGUUUGGGCUUUCCGAGGGCCAUUCCUGGCGCAGCUAAUCUUCUCUGUCUUCCUUUUCAUCGGUAGCUUUCUCUCUCCAGAGUCGCCGUGGUACCUUGUACGAGCUGGAAAGACAGAAGAGGCCAGAGUUGUUCUCCAAGAUCUGUAUGGAUCUGAAUUCGAGGCACUGGAAAAGCUUCAAGCCAUUCAGCAAACGGUCGAAGAGGAGGCUACCAUGGCUAGUCCUUCCUACAUCUCAGCAUUCAAGGGCACCGACAGAGUUCGUACACUUAUUUCUAUCGGUGUCUUUGCUUGCCAACAUGCCGUCGGUAUCAUUUUCGUCCUCAGCUUCUCCACCUACUUUUUCCAAUUAGCUGGACUCGAUACGCGAAAGUCUCUGAACCUCGGUGUUGGUGUUACCGCCUGUGGUGUAGCUGGCAAUAUCUGCUCGUGGUUUAUUGUGAACCGCUUUGGCCGCCGCCCUAUCUUUGUCACGGGAAUGUUUGCCUGCACAACCAUUCUUCUUCUCAUCGGGAUUCUCGAUGUAGUACCAACAGGCGCCGCCAAGUGGGCUAUGUCUUCUUUAACCGUUGUCUUCUCUUUUGUGUAUUUCCUCACAAUCGGUGCGGUGGCAUUUGUUCUACUGGGAGAGGUUUCUUCCCUAUCCCAGAGGGCGCGAACAACCGCUUUGGCCACUGCAACUCAGGCUAUCUUUGGUAUCAUCAUGUUUUUUGCCGUUCCAUAUAUGGUCAAUCCUGACGCUGGUAAUCUUGGCGGCAAAGUCGGCUUCAUCUUUGGUGGACUCUCGGCGUUUGCUUCUGUUGUCUGUGUGUUCUAUAUCCCCGAGCUCAAAGGACGAACUUAUCAGGAGAUCGAUACAAUCUUUUAUCGCCGAAUUCCCCUGCGCAAAAUGGGAUCUUAUACUAUAUAA